AAGCGCCAACUGUCAAAAUUGAAAUCCAAACGCAACACUCGCAAGGAAAAAAGAAAAACAUUUUCGAUUCGGAUGAGAAAAUCGGUGCACAGCUGGUGAAAAAUUCAUCCGAAAUAGCUUUUCUCGUUUGUCCGCGGUCCGGAAUAUCUUUCUUUUGGUAGUGAAAAGUCGAUCGGUGGCGAUAACGAAGCGAAACACUCAAUGGGGAGGAAAGAUCGGAAAGCAGUGGAUGAAUGAAAGAAAGAGUAACGAGUAGGCCUAUUUCCUUUUAUGUCGUGAAAAAUCUUGAGGUAGUGAAAGAGCAAAAAGUGUGAAAAAAAAAAUCCCUUCGGUGGACGUGUGCGGGAGAAAAGGAAGAGCACUUUGCGUGUGGCGUACGUGAGCCAAAGAGGAGUUGGAUGACUAUCACAUAUCAAAGAGAAUGUCAAAAAGUGAUUCGGUCUGAUAACGACUUCCCAACAUCCAACACACAUUCACUGUUAUCAUCUUCGGAUUUUGAGAUUUUUCUGUGUGGAAAAGGAAAGUGACCCGUCGAAGAAGCAGAAGCAUAUUAAAGCCGCACAGAAGUGAUUGUUUGUGGCGUGAUGAGUGGUGAAAAUCGCAUCCCAACGUAUCUCCAGGGCAGCACGACUCAACAGGGAGGAAAUACGGCCGUCGUCGUCCAGCAGAUGCGCCAAUUCCAGCACCAGUGUCGGAUCUGCGGCGGAACGGAAGGCCUCCGCCGGUGCAGUCGCUGUCAGGUGGCCUACUACUGUUGCCAGGACCAUCAGCGGUUGGAUUGGCGGGCGCACAAACUGGAGUGUCGUUCCAUCCAUCAGCUGCAACGGCCCUCGUCGUCGGAUGAUGAUCCGGGAGACCCCGGGAUGAUGAUUACGUUACCGCAGGCGACGGCGGCCCAACAGCAACAGUAUGCCAUAUCCCAGAAUCAGGGAAUUUAUCGGGACGAUUCGAUGGCGAUGAUGAUGGGUGGUGUGAGUGAUGGUCGGGACACCAACACAAUGAUGGCCCAACGUCCAAUGAGGGGACAGCUGCCGGAGACAGAGGCGAACACGAUGACUUUGGAACAGCCGACACUCGACCGGGUCUUUGCGAGUGGCGUACGUGCAGAAAUUUUGUCAACAAACGGAUUGGAGCGCACCAACACCAGGAUGGCCGCAAUGAGCACGCCGCCGCUCGUUCACCACCACCAGCAACGCUCCCAGCCGCAGUCGCCCUCCCCCUCAUCGCAGCAGGCGUCACCGUCGUCCACAUCGUCUUCGCCCACCGCCUGCUGCGUCUCGACAAGCACCCCUCCCGCCUCGACGCCGAACCCCGAUCUAGUAGACGUCGAGGACGAAUUGCUGCUCAACGAGAACGCAGUCUCGAAGUUGUUUCCGAACGAUUCACUCACCACUGUUGAGGAGCUCGUCGACUUGGACCAGAUAGACGUGGACCACAUUCUGAAUGAGAACAACUUCCUGAACAACAUCAACAAUUUGAACUUUUUGGACGAAACCCUGGGGGAAAGUGUCGAUAGUGGCAGUGUUGGGAACUUGGUGACCAGUGGGGACAGUAGUGGGGCCAGUGGGAACAAUAGUGGUUACAGUGUCGGAACGGGAGGGACCGGUAGUCCGCAGGAUUCUUUGCUCAGUGUGGACGAUAGAUUGAGUGGUGAAAUGCAGUUAACUCAGCCGGCAGUGGCCACCACGCUGCACCAGCAGCAGCAACAGUUGAUGGGGGGCGGAGGGGACGGGGGAAGUGGCACCGGAUCACCGGUUCCGGUCAGCACCGAAGAAAGUGUCAAUGCUCUGCUCAAUGCCAAAAUAGACAAUCUGCUGGGAAUCCACCAGCAGAGGCCACAGGUGCGAAUCUCUAGUCAACAGGAGGACGCCCUGUUGUUGGCCGAUCUGGAACAGGAAAGCCUGGAGGAAGCGUGCAACAGUUUGAUUCGGGACAUGAACGAGUACGGGGUGUGCGUGCUGGAUAACUUUCUGGGCCAGGAACGGGGCCUGAAGGUGCUGCAUGAGGUCACCAGUAUGUACUCGUCGGGAGUGUUUAAGGACGGACAGCUUGUCUCGAAUCGGGGCGGCAAGAACAUGCGGCACAUCCGGGGCGAUAAGAUCGUGUGGAUCGGCGGUGGCGAACCAGGAUGCAACAACAUCGGAUAUCUGAUCAAUCGGGUCGAUGCCAUCAUCACGAACUGUAAACGAAUGAUCAACAACGGCAAGCUUGGCCGGUACAACAUCCGAGAGCGGACAAAGGCAAUGGUCGCAUGUUAUCCGGGUCACGGUUCGCAUUACGUAAAACACGUGGACAACCCGAACAAAGACGGUCGCUGCAUCACCGCCAUCUACUAUCUCAAUCUCAACUGGGACGUGCGGACGAGUGGCGGUCUCUUGCGAAUCUUCCCGGAGGGUUGUAACGACCGGGUGGCCGACAUCGAACCCAUCUUCGACCGGAUUCUGUUCUUCUGGUCGGAUCGGAGGAACCCGCACGAGGUGCAGCCGUCUCAUCGGACGCGCUACGCCAUCACCCUGUGGUAUCUGGACGCGGAGGAGCGGGAAUCGGCCCGGUUACGGUACCAGCGGGAUUGCGAAGGCACACGGUUCAAUGCGUGAGUCCCCCGGGGAAAGUAUUGUCCGCGAUGGUAAGUCAUAUAUUGUGUAGCCUCUAGUUUCUUAGUUUGGAUUGUUGACUUUUGUGUCAGUGUAAAGAAGUAUCGUAAAUAGCUUAGGAUAUGAUAGGUUUUUUUUUUUUAAGGAAAGUAAUUAUACAAAACAAAUUCUACCACAGAACCGAUGUGAACGAUGGCAUGAGACAAAGUCGAAUAAUUUAUUUAGCUGAAACUUAUUAUAUACUAUCAAAUACUGAUAAAUGAGAAUGUGAUAUUGUAUUAGCGAUUAAGACCAUAACGCAAAGUAACUGUUAUUACCUGCAAAUAUUAUAUUUUUCAAAACUAGUUUUGUUCAGUGUACAGUUCCCCCAAAUAGGAAAGGAGACUCGAUCUAAAAAAACUUAUUAAGAAAAAAAUCAACUUGCAAAGUUAGUCAAAUGUUAGCUUUUAAGCAGUCAGUGGUGAACUGUUGCAAACAGUCACGUACACACAGAGAGAGCGCCAUCUAUUGCUCGUCCUACCAAAACUUGCGGACAUUUGAACAUUAAAACCGUCGCAGCGACAUCUGCCGGAGAAUCAAUAUAAAGAUCAAGAUUGAAAAUCAAAGAGAAGGCCAAUGACAUCUGGAAGUUGCCUCCAGAACAAACAGUCUAGGAAUUAUACGUAGCUAGGGUACAGUUUUGGAUUAUUUCUUUCCGAUGAUCAUAGAUCUUAGUGCAUGGAGCAAAAAAUGAAACUUUUGAAUAGGUAUUUUCUUGGAGAAAAGAGAUGAGAGAGAGAGACCAAAUUCAAGUGCUAAUAUUUUGUUCGAAAAUUUUGUAACUCGUGGAAAGCAGAUUGGAAACGGGUAUUCAGCAGAAAUGCAGAGCGCAAAUAGAAAGGUUUUAAAAAUUGAAUAAAAACAAGUUUAGUUCUGAAAUCUGA